AUGGACAGGGACCGAUUUGCCGCACUUCUCGAUUCAUCGCUGCAGGAUUUCAGAGAUCAGCUGCUGGAUGCCUAUGCAGGGAGAGGUGCAGGUGAGAACACACCAAUCACACCCGCGAGUGUGAAGCAGAAGGCAGACACUGACAUCGACGAGGAUGCCGACAGUCCGUUGGAAAUCGCUGCAUGGAAAAAGGUCGAGCAUGUGCUUUCGUCAAAGGAAAGAGGUAUCUCAUGCCAAACAGACCAGACAGAUCUGUCUGUUGGCAGGAACUCUUCCCUGACACCCUCCGAGGAAGGCAUCGAAGGUCCCAAAAUCUUCCACGGCAGGUCCUCGCAGUAUUUGCGUUCCGGAUUGCUUGGGGUGAAGGCAGAGGAAGCUAUGGCGAUUCGUCAUCGGCUGCGUGUUCGCUUAGGAGCCCUUUCCUCGAAGACCUUGGUCUCCGGAAAGUCUCUGCUCGAGGCAGUGACGUCUUUGGGCUUGACAAGGUACACGGAGCAGGACAUGAACGAUCUGGUGAAUGCCCUGGCAGACUUUAUCAGUCUUUCCUUUGAGCAGGAGAUGACACCGGAGAACGACGAUCUACAAAAAAUGGAAGACUUGGAACUCUUCUUCUUCCACAAGCGGGAUUCUCGGGCAUACGGCCACCCGGUAUGGCAGUGGCCUGAGAAGACGGACGCGGCCAUGGGUGCAUCGGCCAUGCGUCGAAGCGUCACCGGGCACAUGAAUAACUGGGCGGAGGUGGUGCCCCGAAGCAGUUUCAACGUCGUGCCGGCCCAAGCCAUCAUGGAGAUUUUCCUCUCGCAGGAGGCAGAUGUUCACAAAAGAAUGUUUGGGCCCAGACUUCUGAACCAGUUCAGGGCCAUGAAGGAGAUCCUCCUGGCUGGGGAUACGAACAGGCUUGUUGCAGAGUUGACUUUCGUGCGAAUUAAUGAUCUCGCAGCUCCACCAGAGCCGGUCCAUCCACUCAUGUACAUUGAGCCGCUGGUGGCCAUUCUCAUCGUCGGCAACGGCAUAAUGAUUGGUUUGCAGACCGAGCCUGGUUUUGACGAGUGGCCGGGUUGGACCUAUGUCGAGCUUGUUUUUGCAGCUUUCUUGCUGUUGGAAAUCGCUUUGCGCAUGCACCUUCUGCGUUGUCGGAAUUACUGGUGCGGCACUGAGCGUUGGUGGAACUGGUUCGAUCUGUUCCUUGCUGCCACCGGAAUCUUAGAUAUCUCUGUCCAGAUGGUUGGAGAAGAAGAUUCGGCUUUUGCAGGAGCAUCGCUGUUGCGAUUCUGCCGGCUGAUUCGCUUAGUUCGUAUCGUCAAGGUCUUCCGCAUCAAGUUCAUGAAGGACUUGCGCCUGAUGGUGAAAGGCCUUAUUGCGGGGAUCCGAACUCUAACAUUGGCCUUCCUCUUGCUCUUCGCCGUGUUGUAUGUCAUCUCUGGUUUCGCUACUAUGACACUAGGCAGCGACACCAGGACCAAAGAGCUGGGACUGGAGGAAUACUUCUACAAUAUUCCUGCGGCCAUGUUCACAGCCUUCCGGUGCUUUAACGGGGAGUGCGUGAACAGACGAGGGGAACCAAUAAACUUCUUGCUCGCGGAUGCGUUUGGAUUGCCGUUCAUUAUUUUCUAUGUUGUCAGCUACAUGCUCGUGACGAUGGGGAUAUUCAAUGUGAUCUUGGCGGUUUAUGUUGAUAUAACCAUGAAGGCUGCGAAAGAGAACGAUGCCGUCACUGCUGAACAGCAUGCCAGGGAGUCCAUUCGUGUAGCCCGAACUACGCGUGAGUUGCUGAAGAAAUUUGCUGGAGCCUACCAUGUAUUCAACGAGGAGGACGGCAAGAACAAGCUGGACAAGUUGCCUUCCCACAUGCUCUUCACGGAGGAAGGGUUGCAGGACAAGGUUGAGAUCACAAAGGAGCUCUUCCUACUCGUCAUUCAAGAUCGAGGUGUGCAGAAACUCAUGGAUGACCUUGAUCUGCCACCAGAUCGCGCCAACCUCUUCGAGAUUAUCGAUGCAGAUGGAAGUGGCACGCUUCAAAUCACAGAGCUUCUGCAGGGUCUCUUGAAAAUCCGAGGCGAAAUCAACAAGAGCGAUACGGUGGCUUCUCUCUUGGCCACAAAAGCCUUGCAAAGCAUGAUUGGCGAGCUCAAGGACGAGAGCCUGCGGCACUUCGAAGAGUUUCACCACGAGCUGCAGCAGCAGUUUGCGGAGUUUUGCCAGCAUAUGACGAAGUCGAUCUCAAAAGUCAAAUUUCGCAGCAGGAGAAAUCGGCCGAAAGACUUAAACACCUUGGCCGCGCCCCUCCGGCCCGAUGAUUUGCCUCCAGAGAUUGAGAUGGAGUGGCACGCUGAAAUGCAAACGAUGCCUCCCGAUACAUUCUGCUUUGUACUGCUGUUCCUUGACGAUCAAUUGUCGGUUGGAUCCCAAGCGCAAAUGUCCAUCGGGGAGCUUGGCAACCUCGCAGAACAAACUGCGAGACUGCAUGCGCCGAAACAUGCCUCUGUGCUUGACGAUGCGGCCAGAUACCAGAAAAUGGAUGAGCUACGAGCGGCGAAUGCCAAGAUGGGACCCCGCGAGAGCGCGAGCAGCUCUGGUCAGCGGGAUCUCUUUCAGGGGUACCCGGCAGUUGCAAUAGGCCACUCGAACAGGAAGCAGACGCCGAAACUUGGCGGAAGUAUGCAUGCAGGGACCCUGCUCCUGGAGGAGGUCCCCUCUGAGUCGGACUCGCCUGGGAUUCGAGAGGAGGAUUUUGGCCCACCAGUGGAGUCCAAGCGCAUGCAAGGCUCUCUCCGCUCGAAGACCUCUCAGACGACGGAGGCUUUGGAGCAAGUUUCCCGCGGCAGUCGACCAUCCGAGGAAAUUGACAUCAAAGUCGUGUCCGAUGGCGCCACUGAUGUGUCAAGUGGCGGUGCCAGUCCGUCGAUGGUCAAGCAAAAGACGAAAACAUUGAGGCCGGCCGUAUACACGCCUCAGACGCGACUUGGCCGUCUCGUCCAGAAUCAGUUCUUCGACAUCUUCUACAGCCUUUGCAUCCUCGUCAAUUGCUUUACGAUGGGUCUUCAAGCAGACAUGUUGGUCAAUGAGGAGGAGUAUUCUGAUGGCAUUGUCCUCACUGUGAGGAUAACAGAGCAUGCGCUCGUUGCACUCUUCACCUUCGAGAUUUAUGCGCGGCUGCGCGUAUAUGGUCGAUGGUAUUUUUCCCUGACUAGAUUGGAAGGUUGGAUGAACUUCCUUGACGCGAUCAUCGUGGUACUCUCUGGCAUACUCUCUGGCUGGAUUCUGCCUUUAGUGCUCCUCCUUACGGGGGAGGCGGACUUCUAUGCAGGAGAGAUGCGGAUGCUUUCUGUCUUCCGAGCUCUGAGAUUGCUGAGAAUAGUCCGCGUCAUCCAGCAAAUGCCGAUGUUUAGAGAAGUGUGGCUCCUCUUGAGAGGGUUGACGAGCUCCCUGCGCACUUUAAUUUGGACGGUGGCAGUUAUUUUCGUGCUGACAUACAUUUUUGCUAUUCUGGGCUGCUGGCUCAUCAGCAACGAGAUCAGAGGAAUGCGAGACCCGGCGGCUUUCGCCAUGCUGGACCAGGAAAGGCAGGAACAGCUGGAGCCGACAUAUAGGAUGGUGCAGGGCAUCGCGCCGCUGAUGCAGCUUCUUAUCCAGUUCUUAACGCUUGACUCAUGGAACUCCAAGAUGGAACGGAUCAUGCUGUUCACGCCGACAUGUUUGGUAUAUUUCUAUAUGUACAUUGCUGUGGCAGUUUUCGUGUUAAUGAACCUCGUGACGGCCAUCAUUGUGGAAAACGCUAUGUCUGCCUCCAGAAUGGACGAGGACCAGCGGUUGAAGCAGAUGGAAGAAGUCAAGCGCAAAGAGCUCAAAGAGCUUGAGCAACUCUUCUAUCUGAUGGAUGCAGAUGGAGAUGGCACCUUGGAUUGGGAGGAGUUUGAGAAUGCUUUCCAUGACGAGGAGAUGAGCCGGAAAUGGCGCUUGCUAGAUUUCCAGCCCGAAGAGUGCAAGGAACUCUUCGAUCUUCUCGAUGACGGUGAUGGUGGUAUUGAGACCAAAGAGUUUUUCCAUGGUCUGGCACGCAUGAAGGGAGGUGCCCAGUCAAGAGACCUUAUGCGAGUUGCACAAAGAGUUGACAGGUUGGGCAAAGAAUUAUCCAACCUAUAUGCCAUUGUGCAGAGUUCUGCCUGGGACAAUGCUUCGUCUGUCUCUGAUGCUGACAGAGGCAAUACGCCCAAAGGUGGCCGAGGUCGACCGAAAGCCGGAAGCGGAAGCGAAAAGCCGCGAGGGCCGCGAAAGUCAGUCAAGUCGCCAAAGGUGUCGCUGGAGGAGGCAAAGAAGGAGCUCCAGGCGAAAAGACAAGCCCAGCUGGCCCAACUUCAGGCUCAGGAGUCGAGCUAUGGUGGCUCAGCUGAAAUCUGGGCAGCUUCGUGCAUGGGUCAAAGCUCCCUGAGGCCCAAGGUGGGAAAAGAACUGUCUGUGCUGUUACAUAAGCCGGAUUCUGGUGGCAUAGAGCCAGUGUCUCCGUACCUGGCCGUGAGGAAGAAGGAG